GGACCUUUGCUCCGAGAGGUGCCUAUGGAGGGGAGGGAACACCGACUCUGGAGGCUGCUGGGAUUGGGGUAGGGGUUCCUAGGAGGCAGUCCUUUUGCAAGAGCUGCUAAGAGCGCUGGGUCCUGCUUGUGCUCAGCUCCAGCUCACCGGCUGGCCACCGAGACCUCUGGAGAGGGAACUGCACCAUCCUCUUCUCCCAGCAAGGGGGCUCCAGAGACUGCCCACCCAGGAAAUCUGGUGGACUGGGGACUCGGACAGUGCCUUGGUAAUGACCAGGGCUCCAGGAAGAGAUGUCCGUGUGGCUGGGGGCCCCUGUGCCUGACAUUCCUCCUGCUCAGACUCUGCAGCGGAGCUGUGGAAGCCAGGUGCACAGGAUGCAAGCAGCCAGACCCAGGGAGGCAACAGCUGCAUCCUCAGAGAGGAAGCCAGGAUGCCCCACUCUGCCAGAGGCACUGCAGGGGUGGGGCUGGAGGCUGCAGAGCCCACAGUCCUGCUCACCAGGGCAGAGCCCCCUUCAGAACCCACAGAGAUCCGUCCACAAAAGCGGAAAAAGGGGCCAGCCCCCAAAAUGCUGGGGAACGAGCUAUGCAGCGUGUGUGGGGACAAGGCCUCCGGCUUCCACUACAAUGUUCUGAGCUGCGAGGGUUGCAAGGGAUUCUUCCGCCGCAGCGUCAUCAAGGGAGCGCGCUACAUCUGCCACAGUGGCGGCCACUGCCCCAUGGACACCUACAUGCGUCGCAAGUGCCAGGAGUGUCGGCUUCGCAAGUGCCGCCAGGCUGGCAUGCGGGAGGAGUGUGUCCUGUCAGAAGAACAGAUCCGUCUGAAGAAACUGAAGCGGCAAGAGGAGGAACAGGCUCAUGCCGUAUGCCUGCCCCCCAGGGCUUCCUCACCCCCUCAAAUCCUGCCUCAGCUCAGCCCGGAGCAACUGGGCAUGAUCGAGAAGCUGGUCGCUGCCCAGCAACAGUGUAACCAGCGCUCCUUUUCUGACCAGCUUCGAGUCACGCCUUGGCCCAUGGCACCAGAUCCCCAUAGCCGGGAGGCCCGUCAGCAGCGCUUUGCCCACUUCACUGAGCUGGCCAUCGUCUCUGUGCAGGAGAUAGUUGACUUUGCUAAACAGCUACCCGGCUUCCUGCAGCUCAGCCGGGAGGACCAGAUUGCCCUGCUGAAGACCUCUGCGAUCGAGGUGGCUGGAGAAGGGCAAGGGAUGAAGGGAGAAGCAGAAUGGGAUUAUCUGUGGGAGGGGCCUUCAGACGUCGAGCUGGGAGAACCAAAUCUGCUAGGAAGCAGGGAUGAGGGGAAUCGGCCUCCCUGGAAGGGGCUAUGCUCCAAGACCAACCUUCCUAGUCCCCGUUUGAGGUCUGCUGCUUGUGUGCAGGUGAUGCUUCUGGAGACAUCUCGGAGGUACAACCCUGGGAGUGAGAGUAUCACCUUCCUCAAGGAUUUCAGUUAUAACCGGGAAGACUUUGCCAAAGCAGGGCUGCAGGUGGAAUUCAUCAACCCCAUCUUCGAGUUCUCCAGGGCCAUGAAUGAGCUGCAACUCAAUGAUGCUGAGUUUGCUUUGCUCAUUGCCAUCAGCAUCUUCUCUGCAGACCGGCCCAAUGUGCAGGACCAGCUCCAGGUAGAGAGGCUGCAGCACACAUAUGUGGAAGCCCUGCAUGCCUAUGUCUCCAUCCACCAUCCCCAUGACCGACUGAUGUUCCCACGGAUGCUAAUGAAACUGGUGAGCCUCCGGACCCUGAGCAGCGUCCACUCAGAGCAAGUGUUUGCACUGCGUCUGCAGGACAAAAAGCUCCCACCGCUGCUCUCUGAGAUCUGGGAUGUGCACGAAUGACUGUUCUUUCCUCAUAUUUUGUUUUCUGGGCCGGAUGGCUGAGGCCCGGUGACUGCCUCCUAGAAGUGGAACAGACUGAGAAGGGCAAACAUUCCUGGGAGCUGGGCAAGGAGAUCCACCCGUGGCAUUAAAAGAGAGUCAAAGGGUUG